GUGAAAUCAGAGAUGUACCCCUAACAAACAGCGUUAGGUGAGGCAUGCAGUCUGGAAUGACCCGACCGGAGUUAAUCCGGUUUCACCCAGGUAAUGGCAGUAGGAUGAAGAAGCUCGGUGGGAGAAAGCAGGUCGCAAUCUUGAUUGGGUUGGGAAUGAGUAUGACGAUUGGUUUAGUUGUGUACUUGAGGCUUUGGACUAUCGACUAUCGCAUCUCUUCCGACGAGACCGAACUAAUCAGGAGACAGUUUGAUCUUGCUAAUAGAGAAGCAAUGGAUGAAUCUGCAUACUGGAGAGGUAGAUAUGAUGCAGAGGUGGAGAAGGUCAACAGCUGCCAAAAGGAGCUACUUCAAGUAGGUGCUUGUAUUACUGGUCGACAGCUUCAACUAUAUUCUAUUGUAUAUAGUAUAUUGUUAUAAUGCAUAAUGCAGUAACAAUUGAAAAGGAUUUUGCAGAAUAAGAAACGAGAUUGAAAAGGGGUGUUGGUAACCAUUGUCGUAUGCCGAAGGUGGCAUUUAGUUCAUGGAAUGUAAAUUGUCUUAAAUAAUAGGAUUACUUCUUUCUUUGAAGGUGAUAUGUCUAAUAAUGUGAGAUUACGAAAUGUAAGAUUUUCAUGAGGCCACUCCCUCCAUUAAAGAGUGAUUUUUGGUGAACCUGCAUGAUAAGAAAUUCAGUCAACAUAUAUUCGUCCACCUACAUGAUAAUAGUAAAAAGCUAGUUAAGCUACUAGUACAAGGUAAGGUAAAACUGUUAAAAUUUAUGAAACCGUGAGGGAGUGUUACUCAUGUUUGCUAGAGACGAAGCUGGAAUGAUCCAAAACAGCCCCAACAUUACCUCAUAUUCUUGCGCGGAAGGGAAUUCUGAGCGGGGGCAAUCUCUGAUUACCUUCACAAAUGUUCAUGCAAAAGUCUGAACCAAACAAGCUCCCUCAAAAUAUGGAUAUGGGAAAGGGGAUAAUCUAGGACACAAUUCCUCUGUAUUUAAGGAGCUGGGUUCAAACUAUGGACCUCCUCGACACAACUCGCACGAGGGGAGAAAUUCCAUUAGCUGCCCUAGGUUAAGUGGUCAUCUAGUUCAAAUGGUGAUGGCAAGAAUAGCAAAUCGGAUUCACUACAAAAGGAAAACAAGGACUUGCUUGAAAAGAUUGGAUAUUUGAAACAAGAGCUUGGAUGUGAAAAGUUAAAUUGCAGCAUGAAAAAACCAUGAGCUUACUAUUGAGGGAGAAAACCUUAUCUAUUGUUAGCUAUGCAACAAGAAACAGGAGUUUACUUAUUUUGCUUCCCCAUUGACGCUGACUUAGCAAUCAUUUUCCAUGUCACUUUAUUGUCUAACUUGAUCAACAUCAUGCGCCGAUCACAUCACAUCAGAAAAAUUUAAGAUCAGAUUAGAUGAGAAAGAUUCAUAUCAGAUCGGAUCAGAAACAUUCAGAUCAGAUCAGAAGCAUUCAGAUCAGAUCAGAAAAUUUCAAACAUGAUUUAUCACUUUUAUUAUUAUAAAAUUAUUAUUAUUAUUAUUAUUAUUAUUAUUAUUAUUAUUAUUAUUAUUAUUAUUAUUAUUAUUAUUAUUAUUAUUAUUAUUAUUAUUACUACUACUACUACUACUACUACUACUACUCCAUAUUAUUAUAAAUAUUAUUG